CGUAGUUUGAAGACAACACUUUAGAUUCUUCCCGGAUCCGUUCAUACACGGCAUCUUUCACAUAUGGGUUGUCCUGCGCAUAUACUAAUUUUCAGAUAUCGAAGUCUAAGAAUAUGGAGACGGCAGUGCCCACGAAUAUUCCCGAGUCUCAGCCUACGUCAGCUUCUAUAUCGAGUAUAAGAGCAUGUUCUAACUGCUCUCGAGUUAAAUGCAAGUGUAUAUAUCGGAGUGACAACACCGUUUGUGAACGAUGCUACCGCCUAAAGAAAAGUUGCACGCCAACAGUAUCGGCUGGGCGGCGUGUGGGUAAACGUCGUGGCGCUUCCAGAACUGCCCGGCUUGAAGAAAAACUUGAUGAGCUUAUGUCGAGUCUUAAAUCACAGAAAGAGACCAGAGAACCCCAUAUAGAAGACGAAGUAGAUAAUCACGAUGAGCAGCAAGGAGCUCUUGAAUCCAAUACAGAAGUACCAUCAGCCACCAUCGCGUCUUCAGUGCCGGCUACUCAAUGUCUUGGAGGGGUAACCGCAUUUGACAUUACAAAAACUUCGAGUUCAAGUAUUUAUUAUUCCGACGAAACGCCCCCGUUAGAGGCAGAAGAUUUACUAAGAAAAUUCCGAGAUGAAACUGCAGUAAGGUUUUCUGCCGUUGGUCUAUAUUCCUCCACAUGCGAGAGCCCAACAGCUUCGGGAAACGUACCCAUUCCUGUGGUUAACUAUAAUGUGCACGGUAUCAGCGUCGCCGAGAAGACGAACCGCCAUAAGCGAGCAGGCAAAGAAUAUUAUAGUCCUAAAGGUGGUUAUGUCCAGGGAGAAGAGCAUAGAUCUUCUUCUAGGGCUCCUCAUAUUAGUAGGAUGGUCAAUACCCCGAUUCAACACUCUGAAAUCUCGAACCUCUUCUCUGACCCGUUACUGCUAGUUUGUGACUUGGGCCUUCAUAGGCCACCAUCCGACCCAGCUAUGUUUUGUGCCGCCGGUAGUAUUAGCGAGUCGCAAGUAUCAACUCUCCUUAAGGGGCGCACCCACGAGGAGCAACGCGCAGUGUUAGGUGCUUUUGUUGUUACGUCCAUGAUAUCGAACAUCUUCAAACACGCACCUGGGCUCCGUUGGUCCCCUUACCUUGACGUUUACCUUUCAAACCUUGCCCACAGCAGCAAAGCAUCUCUGGACGAAAGCCUCACGGCAAUGGUAAAGAUGCAGCUGAUUGCAAACCAAAUAUAUGAUGACUCUCUGUAUGCCAAUGGUGGCCGGCCUCCGGCACUUUAUUUAUCUGCUCUCCGAUCACAGCUACAUGAGAUAACCAGACAGGAAAGUCUUGGCGCGGAGGUCAGAAAUGAUCAUAUGAUCUUAGAGCUCUAUCACUUUACAGAGCUUCUGAUAAAUGAAACCGAAAUAAGCAAGCCGGCCACACCAUGGAAUGGGCCGGACUUGCGGCGGUUUGAGAUCUAUCAGCGCUGCCUCGUGUCAAUUAAAGCGUACCUUGAUGCGUUCUUCUCCACUCCCAUAGUUCUUCUCGGUAACAUGUCAUUCGCCAGUUAUCCUCGACUUGUCACGGUUAUGAAAGGCUUACAUACAAUAACCACUUUACAAGAUCCAAGCUGGGAUCGCGCAGCGGUCCGGAGAACCGUUGAUCUCAUUCCGACUUGUGAUAAAAUCAUCGGGCUGUUCGAGUAUUUAAAGGCCGCCUCGGCCUUGGUUUCACUCGACGGCGGCGAGGAUGAAUCGUAUAACUGGGUCCUUGGGGUUUUCCGGAAGCUGAGAGAGGUUUGGCGGCAUGACCUGGAAAGUAUAGACACAGUGAGCAUUUCAAAUCACGAAGCUAAUAUGUUUGAUGGAGUUCGGGGUGGGCUUACAACGCCCGUAGACGUUGCCAAUGAUUCUUGGUUCUUUAAUGUGUUCGAUGAUUUUUAG